UGUUCUGUGAUCUGCACCUGCAGUUGACUGAUCCAGAUCCAAGGUAAACGUCACAUUGCCUCAAAAUUUGUUGAGGUUAAACUCUUCUCAACUCAAAACAUUCCGGCAAACUGCUCAUUUGUAAGUUAUCUGGAGUUUUCUUCUCGAAAUGCGUUUCUCCCUGUUCCUACUGUUCGCUGCGAUUUUUUGCCACGCGAAAUCGGAACUGGAACAAAUACUCGAUGAUGAGUUGGUAAAUUUGAUUAGGAGUGAAAAAUAUCUGGUUGUCCUGUUUUCCACAAAACACUGCCGUGAAUGCGAUAAUUACGAAAACCAAUUGACUGCCAUUAGGGAGGAUGUGGUGGAAGUGCUCAAUGCAUGGGUAGUGAAAUUAAUUGAUAGUUCGAUGACCCGGUUAUAUACUCCUAACAAGGAGCCAGCGGUGGUGUUCUUCAGGCAUGGAAUACCGCUGCUCUACGACGGACCGAUAGACGAUCAAAUUAUACUUGAUACGUUUUCCAAUAACAAAGAGCCGGCUGUGAAAGAGCUGACCGAUGAAACUUUCGAACAUUUAACGCAGGCUGCUUCAGGAGCCACCACUGGCGAUUGGUUUGUUCAGUUCUACACAACAGACUGUGUGGAAUGCCAACGAAUGCAAGCCAAAUGGGAAGCUGUGGGGGCCCAUUUGAAGUCCCGCAUGAACAUUGCCCGAGUAAACCGAGCCACUACAGGCGCCAUGACUGCCCGACGAUUCGAUGUGUUUGAGGUCCCAACUUUCAUCCUGUUCAAGAAGGGAAAGAUGUACAAGUAUCACAAUCAGGACUUCGAGAUUAAGUCGCUAGUGGCAUUCGCUCAGGACUGGUUUAAAAACAUGAAGCCCGAGAAUGUUCCAGUGCCAAAAUCGCCGUUCGAUGAUCUAAUUGCGGCCACUGUUACGUUCAUGAAAGAUAAUCCUUAUCUGUGGCAAGUCGGAUUUGGGAGCUUGCUUCUCGGCCUGGUCAUUUCCACUGUGCUCAAGUUCCUGAAGAAAUCAGAAAAAGUGGAGGAAAAACCCAGCAAAUCUCAAAAGAAGAGCAAAAAAACCUCUAAAAAAGAAUAAACUGAAUUGUUACAUUUUCAGUUCAGGCAGCGGUAAGUGGGUUAAUACUUGAUUUAGCAAAAAAACACUGAAGAGAUUAAAAAACAUGUUGGUUUCUUUUA